AUGCCGCGCCCAUCAUCCGGCACGCGAAAAGAGGCGGCCUUCGUCGUGCUGAGCGUGUGCGUCAUCACCAUCUUCUCGAUCUUCAUCCUCGCCGCCGCAAAGAUCGGACGGGAGCUCAAGGCGCGGAUCGUCGUGUUCUGGGCAAUCCUACUGACCACGGCGCUCGCGAUCCUGUCGCUCCUGUACCUGACCGUGCUGGUCGCGUACUACCGCCCGCUCUCGCGCCACGGCAGCACCGCGGUACUAACGUUCAUCCUCGGCGUGGCCUGGGCCGUCGCCACCGUCGCCGAGAUCAUGGAUCCGAACAACACGUUCCCCAGCCGCAAGGCGCGCGUGCAGCAGAGCGGACAUGUCGGCGAGAGCGAGCUAAACUUCCGCGCAAGAGUGGCUUUGAGCGGGAUCACGGCGUUCCUCCUCCUCGUCUUGGCGCUGUUCGGCGGGUUGAGAGUGCUGGGCAUCACCGGUACCGGUACCGGCAGGGGUGCCGGCGAGAGAGAUAUGGAGAUGCGCUCGCAGGUCACGACGACGACGACGACCCCGUCUCCCGAGCCAUCGCCGUCCGAGCAGCCGUCGGCUACUUCGAGGAGGAGCGCGAUCAUGGGCGCCCUGGCGAGGGUGGGGAUCAUUAAGGAUCGCACUGCGACUAUGGAGAGGGCCAUCCCUUAGUUGAGAACGAUGGCAUUCGUGGAAUCGACCGGUCAAGCAAGUCUGGCAGGCAUACGUUGGCGUUCGGGUUGUGUUUGCAGAGAGUAUAAUGGGCUCUCUGUCGUUGGAUUACGGUGUUGGGGGGAUUUUUUUUCUCGUUUCGUCUUGCUUUGCUU